AUGGCCGAGUACACUGGAGAUGUUGACGGUCUAGGCACUUUGAGGUUAUUGGAUGCCAUACAAGCAUGCGGAUUGACUCAUCGUGUGAAACUUUAUCAAGUGUCCACAUCGGAACUAUAUGGAAAGGUGGUAGAGGCUCCACAGCGUGAAACAACACCGUGCCCUUACGGUUUGCUUCCCGGAGUUGCCAAGUUAUAUGCCUUGUUCAUUGUCAAGAACUACCGUGAAGCAUACAGCAAUGGCAUUCUCUUCACCCACGAAUCACCAAGGAGAGGUCAGACUUUUGUAUCGAGGAAGAUCACCCGUGCUGUCGCCAACAUUCAUUUGGGCUAUCAAGAAUGUUUGUAUCUGGGAAGUAUUGACGCUAAAAGAGACUGA